AUGGGAAGUUAUAACAAAAGAAAGUCCGUUGAUAACUCUACACCUUCAACUCGUAGUAAAUGUUCCAAAACACUUUCAUCAUGUAGUAAAAGUAGUAAGCAUCCUAAAAAAUAUUCAUCAAAUAUUAAAAAUAAUCAUUCGGCACAGAAUAAUAAUUCUUCUAAAAUUGAUUCGUUUAUAUCAAAAACAUCAAUCUCGUCAAAUGAUAGCAAUAAUGUUUUACCUUCGUUAGAUACCUUAAUGAAUACACUUUUUAUAAAUACUCACAACUCUAUGGUGGAUCUUGAAAAAUAUGUCUGGAAGUUAGAAAAUGACUUUAAAAAGCAAAAUGAGUCGAUAGAGCAGCUGAAUAAACAAACCGAAAAAUUGGUUAAACAAUUAGAAAAGCAGGAUGAAGAAUUGAAAGUGUUAAAAACACAUUUGAAAACACAGAAUGAAGAACCAAAGAAGUAUAUAAUGUAUACACCAUUGAUUUAUAUAGUGUAUAUCGAUAACUGUCACAAAUCUUAUUGUUGGGGAUGCUAA